AUGAGUAGACUUAAUAAACUCUUGUCGACAUUUAUUCCAACUUCAAAAACACUAACAACUCCUUCUCCUGAUGAAAUAAUAACAUUAUCAGACUUACAAAAGGAAUCCGAUGAUUCGUGUAUGGUGUGCCCAACUCCUUGCCAGGAUCACGAAAGUUAUCCGCGAUACUUGAAGAUUGAUCAAACGUCAUCACUAGAAUCCACCGUGAAGCCUUAUUUUCGACACGUAGUAAUUUCUACAGGCAAAUCUGAUUGGCCUGAUCAUAUUGAUGAAGAAUCAAAGUCUUUUGCCGCUUGUUUGGAUGAUGCAAUCAAAAACGCUGAAAAGAAAAAAAAUAAAAAGAACAGUGAUAAUAAUGAUGAACCACAAGAAAAACCACCCAGAAUUGUAAUAACUAAUAGUAGUCGACUUAACUCUGACGAUGUUCCAUUCUCGGAGGGAAAUGACAUUCUUUUAUUUCCUGACAAUAUUCUCGUGCCGAUAAUCUUAAUCUGUUCACAUCGUCGUCGUGAUAAACGAUGCGGCGUAACUGGGCCAAUAUUGAAAUCAGAAUUUGAAAAUGUGCUGCGAAAACGUGGAUUAGAUGUGGAUGCGCGUCCUAAUGAUGGUGUCGGCUUGUUCAUGACUAGUCAUAUUGGCGGUCAUAAAUUUGCCGGAAAUUUAAUCGUAUAUCGAGAUGGACAAGGAAUCUGGUAUGGGCGAGUGCUGCCAUGUCAUGCAAAAGCAAUUGUUGAGAAGACUGUGAUUGAGGGAAAAGUAAUUAAAGAGCUUUAUCGUGGCUCAAUGAAUGGAAGUUUUGGUGAAGGUAAAGGAGGAAAAUUGGAAUGGUAA